AUGGCUCAGCCAUCCCGCUCAUUACCGCUACCCGCGAAAAGUGAUCGACAGGAUUUUGAGUUGGAUCUCAGUCUUAUGGACAGUCUCGUUCCGAACAAGUUCCAAUCCGAUAACGCUGAUGCGACUAUUGAAGGUGUUAUGAGAGAUAUCAAGCACGCGCCGUUGCUAUCGGCCCCUGUGGUCGCUCAGCACGUGAAAGACUUGGUCCCGCAAUUCGGCUUCAUCGGUAAUCACCGGGACGAAGCGGGACAGGGCGUUAAGCUGUUCUACAACACCAAUGUGCCUUUGUCCGCAUUCAUAUGCGGUGUUCAAGGAAGUGGUAAGAGUCAUACUACAGCUUGCUUGCUCGAAAAUGCUUUGAUUCCAUCCAAGAACCUCGGCCGUUUGGAAGCGCCUGCUUCUGCAUUAGUCUUCAGCUAUGGAAGUUGGAGCACUGGCGGAGCAGGUUUCAGCGUCAGUGAAGCUGUGCAUCUGGCUCGUGCGCAGCCCGAAUAUCCUGGCCAAAACGUACGAAGAAUCACUGUGUUGGUUUCCGCACACAAUGGAGCGAUCAGAAGCUGUUACGAGGAUCCCUCUCGUAACAUCCGCGUGAUUCCAUUCAGACUCAACGCCCGGGCUCUCGACAUCACCGGUUUGCGUGCACUGAUGGGUAUUGGAGAUAAGAGCCCCCCACUCUACAUGGGCCAGGUCGAAAUGGUACUCAUGAAAAUGUCAUCCGCGAGCAAAGAUGGACGACUCGACUACAAGUUGUUCACCAAAGAAGUUAAGCGGAUAGAUCUAAACGAUGCACAAUCGCAAGCCUUGAAACAACGUUUAGCGAUGCUUGAGUCCUUCCUCGAUCUGGACGGCAAGGCGGCGGAGCCAGAGUUUCUUCCAGGCGAGAUGAUUAUCAUGGAUCUGUCCGAUGCUUUCAUGUCAUCGAGCACAGCCUGUGUUCUCUUCAAGCUGGGCUUGGACCGCUUUCUGGAAUCUCCUGUCAAGAGUAAGAUGGUAGUGUUGGACGAAGCGCACAAGUACAUGUCCGAUAGUCCAGGAUCCAAAUUUCUCGCAGACAGUCUCGACCACACGAUCCGCUUCCAGCGGCACUUGGGUACCCGUAUGAUCAUUUCUACUCAAGAACCGACCGCGUCCACAGAUCUUAUUGCGCUUUGCAACAUGACCGUCAUUCAUCGCUUUACGAGCCCUACCUGGUAUGCCGCACUCAAGAGACAUGUCAGCGCCCUUGACAGCAACGACGACAAGGCUCUCAUGCAGCGGAUCGAGGGAUUGGAAACCGGAGAAGCGCUUGUGUACUGUCCGAGCACUGUACUCGCGAAGAAUGACGACGGAAGUUUAGAAAAGGCUACGGGCCAACUGCUUAAGAUCAACAUUCGGAAAAGGAUAACGGAAGACGGUGGCGAGUCGAUCAUGGCCGUGUGA